AGAGGACUGUCUCCCGCUCUCCCCCCAUCCCCUGCCAUGGGCAGGGCCUGUCCCGGGUAUAAAUAGGUCAGACCGCUGGGCUUUCCCCCACUCCUCCUCUCUCCCCAGCCCUCUCUCUUUGGCGCUUCCUCUUACUUGGCCUGAUCCUGACUGCCGCCAUGGCCUACCCCUUGGAAAAAGCCCUGGAUGUGAUGGUGACCACCUUCCACAAGUACUCGGGCAAGGAGGGUGACAAGUUCAAGCUCAGUAAGUCAGAGCUAAAGGAGCUGCUGACCCGAGAGCUGCCCAGCUUCUUGGGGAAAAGGACGGAUGAAGCCGCCUUCCAGAAGCUGAUGAGCAACUUGGACAACAACAAGGACAAUGAGGUGGACUUCCAGGAGUACAGCGUCUUCCUGUCCUGCAUUGCCAUGAUGUGUAAUGAAUUCUUUGAAGCCUUCCCUGAUAAGCAGCCCCGGAAGAAAUGAAUGCUUCUGAGAUGCGGUUAUUGGGGUGUGGGGGGUGGGGGUGCCAGCUAGGGUCUUCCCUGUUGGCAGUGGGGAUGGGGCUUCACCCUGGCUCUUCCAGAC